GAGAGAGAGAGAGAGAGAGAGAAAGAGAGAGAGAGGGAAGCAGAGUAAGGGUUGCCGCUGCGCACAAACAGAGAUUUGAUCUGAGUUUAACUUCGCUCCUAGUCAGUGUGCAGUAAGCCACCUACUGCAAACAAGGCUGCGUCUAAACAUAUACCUCUACAACUUGUUGAGUUGGCUUAAUAAUACAGAAACUUUGUUGGGGAAAAGUUAAGGAACUUUUAAGUGGGACUGGAUAAGACCUUGGAUCUAUUCAUGACAACAUUUGAGUGAAACAUUACAUGUUGAAUGUAUGUUUUGAACAAUUAUCUUUUAUUUCACAAACUGGCAAAUUCACAUUGCGAACAGUGAAUCCCUGCCAAAUAAUCGCAAUUUAAUAGACUGAAGAUUACACCAACAUAGGAGGGACAGCAUAUACCAAUAAAUUGUUGUUUUUCAUCUUCAGGUGAACGAAGUUAACGAAGAAAACUGUGGAUUAAGCAAAACAGGAAUUUGGACAGAUUUUUUCUUACUUCUUGAGUUCGAUCGGUUCACUCAGGGGUUUAUGAACGUUUGCUAAAAAGCUAUGGAAGUAUCCGCGGACCAACCACGAUGGAUGAGCCAUCAUCACCCCUCGGUGUUAAACGAACAGCAUCCCGGCUCACACCAUCCAGGCCUCGGCCACUCGUAUAUGGACCCCUCGCAGUAUCCCCUCACCGACGAUGUGGAUGUACUGUUUAAUAUCGACUCACAGGGUAACCACGUAUCUCCAUACUAUGGGAACUCAGUCCGAGCCGUCCAGAGGUACCCACCUCCUCCACACAGUAGUCAGGUGUGUCGCCCCUCUUUACUGCAUGGCUCUCUGCCGUGGCUGGACGGAAGCAAAGCCAUGCAGCACCACAGCACUUCUCCGUGGAACCUGAGUCCUUUCCAGAAGAGCUCAUUGCACCACGGUUCCCCGGCCGGUCUCUCCGUCUACCCCCCGGCGUCCUCCUCUUCCCUGUCCGGGGGUCACUCGAGCCCGCACCUUUUCACCUUUCCCCCAACCCCUCCGAAAGACGUGUCCCCGGAUCCGGGCAUCUCAACCCCAGGUUCCAGCAGCAAUAGUCGCCAACAGGAAGAGAAAGAGUGCAUAAAGUACCAGGUGUCUCUGGCCGAGAGCAUGAAACUGGAGUCUCACAGCCGGAGCAUGGCGUCAAUCGGAGCGCAAUCCUCUGCCCACCACCCCAUCGCCACAUACCCAUCCUAUGUCCCCGAAUACGGCCCAGGCCUCUUCCCACCAAGUAGCCUGAUAGAAGGUAGAGAGUGCGUUAACUGUGGAGCUACGUCGACCCCGCUCUGGAGGCGGGAUGGCACUGGUCACUAUUUGUGUAACGCCUGCGGACUCUAUCACAAGAUGAACGGGCAGAAUCGGCCCCUCAUCAAACCCAAGCGACGACUGUCUGCUGCAAGACGGGCAGGAACGUCGUGUGCGAACUGUCAAACGACCACCACAACACUGUGGCGAAGAAACGCGAAUGGGGACCCGGUGUGUAACGCUUGCGGUCUAUACUACAAACUGCACAAUAUCAACCGACCUCUCACCAUGAAGAAAGAGGGCAUCCAGACCAGGAACAGAAAGAUGUCCAGCAAGUCGAAGAAGAGCAAAAAGUCCCACGACAGCAUGGACGACUUCUCCAAGAGCCUGAUGGACAAGAGCAGCUCAUUCAGCCCGGCCGCUCUGUCACGUCACAUGUCCUCUUUCCCUCCCUUCUCACACUCCGGCCACAUGCUGUCCACCCCAACGCCCAUGCAUCCCUCUUCCUUCGCCCCACAUCCCCACUCCAGUAUGGUCACUGCCAUGGGCUAGAAGACCCCAACGGUACCACCUACCUCUCCAAACCCGUUAACUAACAAAAAACCCUCUGUUCUCUUACUCCCACUUAUCUUUGCUUACCUGAAUUCCAAGCUGAAAGACAACCAGACCGCUCUCUCCUACCCUUAAGCAAACGCUCAGCUCCAUCACCAAGCCGCCUAUGAUCAGAUCUCUGUGUGAAGAGAGACAGGGUCUGCGGCUCUUUGCUUUUGUUCACUUGUAUCUUUUUUAACUGUUAUCAAGUGUAUCUACUGCGAUACUUGAAGCCUGGUAGACUGAAUCACUGACAGUGGUUUUCUAACUCCUGGGAAGUCCUUUUCUCUGACCUGGGAGAAAAUAUCCUGAAGCUUCACCCACUUGUUGACUGCGUCCUUACAGCUGACAAAAUACCCAAUCCGGAAUCCCAUUUGUGUACAAAAAGCCAUUUUUCAUGAUGAAAAGCAAAGAUUAUAAACAAACAUUACAAAACCUAAAACCUUUAUGAUGCUCCACCCCACUCCACCCCACCCUACUCCACCCACCUGUAAGACAGGACACCCACCCUCCUGAGCAGUGAGAAGAUGAGAGGAGAUGAACUUUAAAUAUAUUUGUAAAAAUUGUAUGAAAUACAGUACAUUUAAUGAAGACUUUUUAAUUAAGUAAGAGAAGAAAAAAAGGAAAAAAUGCCUCUGGGCAGCUAAGAGCAGAAAGGUACGAGUCAAGGCAGGAGACACUGCCGCUGGAGAGUAGAGAAGGAGAGAAGUAGAGGCCGCCUCUGCUUCCCAGAGAGAGGGAUGAGAGG